CGAACAAAACUUGAGAGACAGAGAGAGGCAGAGAGCAAUGGCAGACCUUGCCAUUGGGAUCUCCAAGACGAUGGUUGAGGCACUUGUAAACAAGGUCAAGAGCACCAUCAAGGAGGAAGAGGAGCUGUGGCAGAUCGUGCAACGUGAUACUGUGUUCAUGAAGGAUGAGUUCGAGAUGAUGCAGUCCUUCCUCAAGACCGCCGAUUGGGAACGGAUCAAGAACAAUGUGGUGAGGACGUGGGUCAGCCAGGUCCGUGAUCUGUCUUAUGACGCCGAGGACUGCAUCAAAUCCAUCCUCCUCCUGGACACAAAUAGGUCGUUCUGGACCAUGUGUCUCCGCUUGCUGGCAUCGUGCAGCUGCAAGUCGGAAGCAGCAUCGCCACUGGACCAAGCCGUUGCCGAGAUUGAGCUGCUCAAGGCCCGGGUCGAGGAGGUCAGCAAUCGGAACAUACGCUACAGCCUCAUCAACGACUCCGGCUCCAAGCCCGCCGCCAUGCCGCGACACUUGGCGUCCGCCGCCUCUGCCGUCGGCACAUCGGCAGUGGGCGUCCUCACCGAGGCAUGGUGCAACGCGAAGAAGCAGCCAGGCUUCGUUGAUCUCACCAUGCUGGUCACCGAGAACAGUGAUGCCCUUCGAGUGAUAUCACUGUGGGGAACCGGAGGCGGUCUUGGUGGGAUGACAUCCGUCAUCAAGGAGGCCUACGAAAAGCCAGAAAUAUGCCAAAAGUUCAGAGCUCGUGCCUGGUUGAAGCUAGCACAUCCCUUCAACCCCCAGGAGUUCAUCCGAAGCUUGGGGCAUCAGUUCUAUCGAAACACAUGGAAAGAACAACAAGGAGAAAUCACCGGUAUCGAUGUUCUGACGGGGAUGGACGCGGCCCAAGGCACCAAUCUCGUGAAGGAGUUUGUGAAGGAACUCAACAAGCAUAAAUACCUGAUCGUCCUAGAAGACCUGUCCAACAUGGCAGAGUGGCACGCCGUCCGGACAUAUCUACCAGACGGUAAGCAUGGGAGCCGUAUAGUCGUGUCUACACAGCAACUCGAGAUUGCCAGAUUGUGCGCGGGGCAACACUACCAAGUAUUGGAGCUCAAGAAAUUAUCAGACAAUGACUCCAUCUGUGUCUUUUUCCACGAGGCUUUUGAACGUGUCGAAGUUGGCAUGGUGGCUGGUGGACCUUCCUUAUUGGAAAUGUCCAACGAAGUUCACCUUGUUGGGUGCAGCUCGGAUGAGGAGAAACUCUCUAACCUGAUUUCUUCAGCACGCCAUAGCGACAGAUCUCAUGUGAUCUCUGUAUGGGGUUUUCCUGGUCUUGGGAAAUCGGUUCUAGUAAGAACCGUCAGGCGACGCCAAGCGAGUAAUCCGACAUCCCCAUUUGAUUGGUAUGGCUGGGUCGAUGUGUCCUAUCCAUUCAAUUUUAGCGACUUCUGUCGAAGAAUGCACUCGUAUAUGUUCGAACAAUCACAAGGAGAGUAUGCGUACAUGCCCAUGAAUCCAAAACCAGAGGAAAAUAUCAUCCAAGAGUGUAGAGAGUUUCUGCAGAAUUCUCGAUGCCUUAUAGUGAUCGAUGGCCUGCGGUCCAGGGAACAGUGGGACUCGAUAAAGUCGUUGAUUGAUGGAUCCUCUAAGUGUUGCAUCCUUGUCGUUACUGCAGAAGAAAACGUCGCCAAAUAUUGUGCCGUGCAAGACGAUGCCGCAGUACACAGAGUCAACGCUCUAGGAUCUGAGGCAGCCCUCGAGAUUUUCAAACAGGAAUUUCGAGGGGUUGGAACAUUAAGGGAUGCACACACGCUGGAGGAAGCAAAAUAUAUCUUAGCCAAGUGCGGUGGAAUUCCAGAAGUAAUAAUGGCUUUAGCUAGAUAUGUGGCCUCCGAGCAAGAGGACAUACGGCAAAGGAAGUUGAGCCAUCUUAAAGACAACUUUAUGCACGAGCUGGAGACCAACCCCGAGUUUGUUAGCUUGCGGGAUCUGUUCAGCUGGAUGCAUUUUAGUUUUGAGGCUUUACCGCACUCCAUCAAGCCAUGCAUCCUGUAUCUGGCAGUGUUCCAAGUGAAGAGAAUCCGGCGGAGCCAUUUUGUGCGGCGGUGGAUCGCGGAGGGCUACUCCAAGUGCACUGACAGCAAAACCAUGGAGGAUUACACGGGCGAGCUCUUCGACAGGCUUGCCAAGGAGACAGAUACAAUGCCCGAGUGGCGGUUCAAUAGCUUCUUCCAUGAGUACAUCAACUCACGACUCAUGGAAGAGAGAGUGGUUUUCUUUCCAUUGGUAGUCUCUGUGUUGGAUGGGAGUCGCAGCCUAACCACGGAAGUCAUGGGACAACACCUAGUCAUUGGGAGCAGCUGGAAAAGAGACGAGGAGUAUGUGUACUACGAGGACCUGGACGUGUCGCAUCUCCAGUCUUUGACAGUAUACGGAGCUUGGAAGUCCCUCUUCGUCCCUUACAAGAUGAAAUCGGUCCGGGUGCUGGAUCUAGAGGGCACUACUCAUGUUGGUUUUGGUGACGAUGAACUCAAGCGGAUCUUGGAGCUGCUUCCUCGCCUCAGGUUUCUCUCACUGAGAGGGCACCGAGAAAUCACUCAUCUCCCGGAUUCCUUGUCUGGCCUCAAGUAUCUCCAGACUCUGGAUAUCAGGCACACCUCAGUUGUCUACAUUGCGCUGCAGACGCUACAUGAGCUGCAGUACAUUCGUGCAGGCACCACGGCGCCAUGGAUGGAUGGUGGUAAAGGCUUGGCUUACGAGGCAUCGAGUAUCAGCUCAUGCGCUAGUGUGGCGUCGUCCUACUUGCCCAAGUUCCUGAGACGUGGUGGACCUGUUGGACCUUGUCAAGGCGUCAAGAUGCCUAGAGACGGGAUCCAUCACCUGAAGGCCCUGCACACGCUUGGUGCCGUCCACAUCAAUUCUUCAAGCGGACAGGCCAUUCUGGCUGACAUCUACCGUCUUAAACAGAUGAGGAAGCUCGAAGUGUCAGGCAUCAACCGGAAAAACAGCAAACAUCUGUGCCAUGCCAUCAUCAAUCACAAGAACUUGGAAUCCUUGUCACUGCAGCUGGACAAGGAGAAACAUGUUGUUUGUUGGGAUGACAUCUCCCCUCCUUCCAGCGUGCGGAGCCUUAAGCUGUAUGGGCAUGUGGAGAUGUUAUCGGCUCGGAGGUUCAAAAAUCUUAGGAACCUAAGGAAGUUGUGCCUAGAGAUGAAUACUACACUAUUCACACAGAACGUACUGCUCCUCGGGAGCGUAUCAAGUCUGCGAACUCUACGCCUUCAUGUCAAGCAGAAUCAAGAUGGUGUCCUCCAAUUUCGGGCUCAUCUUUUCAGCAAACUUCAGCACCUUGAGAUUGUUUGCAGGUCCAACUUACAUGUAAUAUUUGACGAAGAAGCAAUGCAGAAGCUAGAGCUGCUGAAGAUCCACUGCCAUGAUGGGUCGUUACUGCAGCUUUCUGGGCUAAAGCAUCCAGUUUCCCUCAACCAAGUGCGGGUUCUGGGUACCUUUGACGACGCACUCAUGGAGUCUUGGCGGCAGCAACUGGCGGAGCAUCUGAGAAACCCUGCUUUAGUUUGAAGCUAUACACUGCUGGAGCAAGAUCGAGCCACCAACACUCCCAGUUUCCAGAUCGUGAAUUCGUGAUUGUGUUUCCUGGCCAUAUAUAUCCAGGAGAUUUUGCGUGUGCCAUCCGUUUGUUGGCCGCCACACAUAUAUAUCCCGUUUGGAGGGAGAAAAUUGACAUUGUGCCAUCCUCAAAAAGUGGGUUUCGCCCAAAUGCCAUGCUGGGAGUGGGCUUCGUUAAAAUGCCACUUUCAACACAUGGUUACACGCUAAAAUACUAUCUCGGACCAAAUUACCCUCC